AUGGCAUUGUCGAUCCCGUUCCACACCGUCGACGUAUUCACUCAGACGCGUUUCCUUGGAAACCCUCUCGCCAUCGUCCUCCUCCACCAUCCAUCGUCCUCUUCCGAUUCCUCCGACCCCAAACCACGACCUCCCGUACUCACCCAACACCAAAAACAACUCAUUGCGCGCGAAUUCAACCUUUCCGAAACCGUAUUCAUUCAUAUCACUCAGUCCAAUUACGAUGACCCCAGCGUUCCUUUCGCUAUAGAUAUAUUCACCACUACGGAGGAGCUCCCGUUUGCCGGACAUCCGACGAUUGGAGCUGGGUGGUUUUUGGCAGGACAUGAACGGUGGAGGGAUAGGAAGGAGUUUAGAUUGGAUACGAGGGCUGGGGUGAUUUUAGUUUCGAGGGUCACGAAAAUCCCUGGUCCUUUGACGUCCGCUGACGAUCGCGCGCGAGCCAGUGCGGAGCUCGUGAAACUUCGAAUCCCCAUCGAUUUCAAAACCCACCCUCCUUAUGGCUCUACCCUGUUAUCGACCCUCAAAUCAAGCCUGUGCCAACCGCAGCUCGAGCCAGAGGACUAUGUCAAUGGUGUCGACGGUUCCGAGCCAGUUGCGUCGAUCGUGAAAGGGAUGUCGUUUGUGCUGAUGCAACUGAGAGACGAGGGUAGUUUGAGUAGAAUUCAACCGCUUGUUGGGAUCAACGAUGCUGUGCCCGGGAGUCUGAUCCCAGAUGAACAUUUGGGUGAUUGGAAAGGGUUCAGCUCGUUAUACGUUUUCGUUGUUUCACGCUCCACCGAAUCUAAUUCUAUCUUCGACAAUAUCUACGAUGAUGAUCCCGUCAAUCUGAUCCAUCCAAUAAUCCGUCUCCGAACGCGUAUGUUCCAAUCUGGAGGGUUUGAAGACCCCGCUACGGGCUCCGCAGCUUCGACUCUCUGUGGUUGGGUUGCAUCGCAACAACAAAAUGCGGUCGGUAGAUGGAGAUUUGAGGUGAUACAGGGUGUUGAGAUGGGGAGAGAGAGUCGGAUUGGGGUGGUGGUUGAUGUGGAGAGGGAGGCGAAUGUCGAUGGAGAUGUGGUUGUUAGAAAGAUCGAGCUGGUAGGAGGAGCUGUCAAGAUCAUGGAAGGAAUGGUCGACAUACCUAGUACUCAGGGCCAGUCUAACCUUUCCAGAUAA